ACUGCGUUAAAGGCGGCGCACUUUUUUACACAGGAUGUCAUGGGGUAAUAUUAAUAUUUUCUUGUUUUAUGACUAUUUCGGUGUGUGUGCAACAUAAAAAUUAUUUAAAGUCAGGUUCACAGGAAGACGGUCCCCAGGAGCCCCAACAGGAGACACUGCAGCAGAUAGCUGCCACAAUCAUUCAGAAGACCUGGAGAGGAUAUGUGUACAGAGAGGUCUUCAAGUAUUUCAAAGACCAAAUCAACAGUUGCAACAGGCAGGAUCCACGAACGAUCCUCAAAACGGUCAAUCCUCGGGAGACAGAGUUGCUGGAUACUGCUGCUGGAGUGUUUGUCAGAUUUCGACUCGGAGGGAUUACCUUUCCUCCCAACAUCUAUUACAAAAUCUUCACCUAUCGACCUAUCACGGACGUGUGUGCCUACAGCCCAAAGGACUACACCAAGCCGGACCUUAAGAAGACUGUGGAUGGACAGACUGAGACCACGGAGGAGGACAGAUCAGGAUGGUACCAGCGCAAGGAGAACAACAACUGGAGGCUCUACUGCAGCAAGGUGGUUCCCCUUAGUGAGCCUGUGCAGCUCAGUGCCAAGAAGAAAAUUGACUUUCACUAUUCCAAAUUGAAGCGGCAACAGGAUAUAGACAAGUUCCGGAAGAAGAAGAAAAUUGAAUGGAUGAAACAGAUGUAUGACCACGGCCGUCUGCAGACCGAAACGGUGCAAGGAGACAUGGAGACGCUGAUGGAGAAGUCCUACCAGGAAGUGAUGGACUCCAUUGAAGAGAAGGAAGAUGAAGGGCUGCUGGCCUGGGCCAAAGCUCUCAACUUUGACGACUAUAUGCAGGAUUGGACCACGUUGGCCUGCAGUUACUUCUCUGAGCCAAGCAGAGAUGUUCAUUCAUAUCCACCCUGGUUAGAUCUCCAUGGGCUGGCUGCUGAGGCUGAUGAAGACAGUUAGGUCAAAAAGAAUAAAAUAAUCCGAGUUAAAAACCA